AUGGAAUGUCUCUUUGGCUUAGUGGGUAAAGACUUUGCAAUAACCGUGUCAGAUGCUACUUCUAUACAGUCAAUCGUGGUCAUGAAACAUACAGAAGAUAAAUCACGAAACCUUAACAAACACAUAAUAAUGUUGUAUGCUGGAGAGCCGGGUGAUACUGUUAAUUUUGCCGAAUACAUUCAAAGAAAUGUGAGAUUUUAUGAAAUCAAGAAUGGUAUCGAGUUAUCUCCACAGGCUGCCGCAAAAUUUACAAGGCGUCAGGUGGCAGAAAGUUUGCGAAGUCGGCAACCGUACUCGGUGAACCUUCUCAUCGCCGGGUAUGACGUGAAAACUGAAGCCAGUCAACUUUACUGGAUCGACUACCUGGGCUCAUUAAUUGAGAUCCCCUUCGCGGCACACGGAUAUGGCGCGUACUACGUGACGUCGGUCUUGGAUAGAUAUUAUUAUCCGCAAAUUUCACUUGACGAGGCUAAAGUUUUGAUUAAAAAGUGUAUAGACGAGUUGAAGACUCGAUUUUUUAUUAAUUUAUCGAAUUUCAAGAUCAAGGUAUCAAAUAAGGAUGGUAUUCAAGAGAUUGUACUUUGA